UCUCUCUCUAUUACUCACUUUUCCUUCGUUUUCUGUAAACUGCUGCAGCUUCUAGUCGCAUCAGGCAGCAGCUGAUUGUUUUAUAUUUUUGGGUUCGGGGAAAGGCACAAAGCACCAGUUCCUUUUUACACACCUUUUGAAUCUGUUUCCCAUUUUUUUACCUAUGUGAAAAGGGCACCAUCAUUAUUCAAGCUGAUUCAAAGUCGUCUCCUUUGCUUUGUUUUUGCCUUCCCACCGUCUCUUUCCUUUGAAAACAACCAUCUAAAGGGCAAAAGCCUCAUCAUUUAGACGUACAAAUCGGAUAAAAUAACCAUGGUUUCUUUUCCCCUCAUUUCCACGUUUUUACUACUUUUUUCUUUUACUAUCUUCCGUCAUUCCCUCGCCGGUUUCCUAGCUGAACCGGUUCCCGGAGCCGACUCAUCCCCGAACACGGUCCCGGCACUACCUGCUCAAACCCAAGCUCAAGUUUGCCGGCUUGACUUGUCGGCCGAGCUAUUCGGAGGUGUCAGUGACGCCUGUGGCCACAACCUAGACAGAAGCCGCUGCUGUCCCGUCUUAGCAGCGUGGCUCUUUGCAGCUCACGCCAGAUAUGCUUUGCAGGUCUCGGCCCCUGCUCCGGCGGAAUCUGAGCUACCAGACCAGCCUAUGAGGCCAGACGAUUCACAAAAGUGUGUGAACUCGUUGCAGAACGCAUUGUUAAGCAAGCGGGUGAGGAUUCCUCAACCGAACGCGAGUUGCGAUGCGAUUCUUUGUUUUUGCGGGAUAAGACUACACCAGAUCAGUUCCCUCAGUUGCCCGGCUGCGUUUAACAUUUCCGGGCACCGAAACGCGACGCCCACCGCUGCCGUGAAGAAUUUGGAGAAGAAUUGCAAGAACUCUAGUUAUGCUGGGUGUACCAAAUGCCUCGGUGCUCUUCAAAAGCUCAAAGGUGGGUACAACGAGAACGGAACGCAAGACAGGAGCACGACCGAAAGAGCCAACAAGAUGUUCAACCGAGACUGUCAGCUCAUGGGACUGACUUGGCUCCUCGCGCGCAACAAAACGGCCUACAUUCCCACCGUUUCGGCCGUACUAAGGGCCAUAAUGUACAGUGCACACCCUCACGAAUCCAAGUGCAGCCCGGAUCAAGAGAACAUGCCCUUAGCCGUUGAUUCUCUUCAGUUCGAGAAGGCUCAGUCGUCGGCACCAACGCCGUCACCGGCUUUUGCGUUCCCGAUUCUGCCCCCAAUUAUUUUGGUUUUACUCUUCGGGUAGCCUCGACCGGCGAUGCUUACUAUUUUGUUUUUUCAGUCAUCUGAGACUGUCUGGGAAUCACGUGAAGCUUUCGAAGCUAGCUGACAAACAGAAACGGGCUAACGCGGUGUGUUUUUUGUCCUCUUGUCCACCGUAAAUUUCAGCUCGUUUUCAGAUUUGUUUGACAUUACGUAACAGCCGAGGUCGAGAACAAGGCACGGUUUUCUAUUAAUAUGUAGUUAUAAUUAUU